UAGAGAAUAAACAAAGACAAAGUUCAUCUGCGUCAAUCAUUCUUAUAAAUGGGAGAUCUCCCUCUGUCCAGCCUGUGCUUCACUGCUUGUGGUUGAUGAGACGCACUGUAAGCUGCAGCCAGUAGAAGUUCACCAUGAUGCGGGCAGCCCUGGGUAUCUGGAUCUUAUCAGCAGUGGUCUGUGUGGGAAGAAGCCAUCACCAUAUAGACCACCACGACCAGGUCAAAGAUCAAGCAGACCAAGACACUGCACUCUCACUGGUGACCUCCGCAAACAAAGAUUUUACCUACCGACUGUACAGGAAGUUAGCUGCUCACGCUGACUCACAAGGCAAGAAUAUCUUUUAUUCACCAAAGAGUGUGUCGGUCGCAUUGGCUGCCUUGUCUGUGGGCGCGCGGGGGGAGACCCACCAGCAGCUUUUCAGGGGCCUGGGUUUCAACAACUCCCUACUGACACAGGCAAAUGUAGACGAGGCUUUCCACACACUACUCGAAAGGGUAAACAAUAUGUCACAAGAAGACACCAGUGAAGGGACCGCUCUGUUUGUGCAUAACAACUUCAAGCCACACCCUGAUUUCCUGGACGUCUUGAAGAAGUCCUACCUCGCAGAAGGGUUUAAUGUUGACUUCACCAAUACCAUAGACAGCGCCAAUACCAUCAAUAGCUAUGUGGCAGAGAAGACUCACGGGAAGAUAGACAAGCUGGUCGACACCCUGGAUGCAAGCACAGUCAUGUAUCUCAUCAGUUACAUCUACUUCAAAGGGAAGUGGCAGAAUCCAUUUGAUCCCCAGAACACCAAGGAUGAUGAGUUCACUGUGGAUGAGAACACCAAGGUUCCAGUCCAGAUGAUGAAUAUGGAGAAGGAAGUUGACGUCUAUUAUGACCAGGCGAUUAACACAUCAGUCCUCCACCUUCCCUUCAACAGCUCCUACUCCAUGAUGCUGUUGUUACCCGACGAUAUGGCGACACUGGAGAAUGCCAUUUGCCCAGGCCAUGUCACCAAAUGGCUGAAGUGGAUGAAGUCCAGGAAAUAUGACAUAUUUGUUCCAAAGUUCUCCAUCAAGACUUCCUACAAGCUGAAUGACGUGUUGACUGAAAUGGGAAUGACAGACAUGUUUGGUGACACGGCAAAUCUGACUGGCAUUUCAGAGGGGCAAAAACUGGCAGUGUCCGAGGUUGUGCACCAAGCCACCCUGGAUGUGGAUGAGGCCGGAGCCACUGCCACAGCAGCUACAGGCAUCGGCAUAAUGCUUAUGUCCUUCUACUCUGUCCCUGUCUUGAAGUUCAAUCGUCCUUUCAUGGUCUUGGUCACUGACCGCACCACAGAAGACACCCUCUUCGUUGGCAAGAUUAUCAACCCAAACAAAUGAUGAAGGGAACAUUUUGUGUUUGCUCAAGAACCCCUAUUGCAUCACCUAUAAAAAAAAACAAAUUAAAAAACUUUAACCUGU